AUGUGGGGGAACCAUCUGCUGCUGGAAGGAGGGUUGAGAGGGACUGAAGAGGUAGAGAGGACGGCAGCAGUGAGAUUCCUCCUCAGCGUUUGGAUCUUUAUUCCAGGGUGUGAUUCAUAUGUGACAUGCAGGAAUGACAACGGAGAGCCGGUGGACUGGUACGUCAUAUACAAGUAUCCCCAUAUGAUUGGAGGUGGUUUGGAGUAUCUGUACAUGGAUGGCAGCACCAAUUUUUGGGCACCCAGCUUCAUGAAAAUCAAUGAAUCUGGCGCUCUGGCAAACACUCUGGAACCUCUUCUUGACUUCUACGACAAUCCGACCACAGAUUUCGGAUACCUGCUCUACAACGACCAGCCUCCAGGUUGUAAUGCUGACUUAGCAUAUGGCCACAGUAAAGGGGUUGUGAUGCUGGACACACAAACUGGAGUUUGGCUUUCUCACAGCACACCAAGAUUUCCGACAUAUCGCAACGGAAACUUCUGGCCAAACAACGGGAAUAGAAACGCUCAAACAUUUCUGUGCGUGACCUUCCCUUAUAAUAUCUUUGGAGAAAUCGGAGAGCAGCUAAAGUACAUCCAUGUCUUCCCCUUUGACCACUACAUUCCAACUACCUUUCCCAAUGAGCUGCGAUGCAUCGCACAGCGAAACUGCGACCCUCCAAGAGCUCCCUGGAAUAGAACAGCAACGCUGACUUCUAUCGCAGGACGUUCAUUCUACAGUUUUGCAAAAUACUCACAUUUUGAGGACGAUCUUUACUCUGGUCUAAUUUCGAGAUUUUUGAGGAAGAAUCUGUUCGUGAGGACUUGGGGAAACCCGGGUCAGAGUCAUCUUCUGCCUUCGAACUGCAGCAAUCCUGAUUGUCAUGUGUACAAUGUGAAGGAGGUGAUGCUCCCGCAGGCGUUCUUAACCGACACCGUUGAUCAUUCCAAGUGGUGUGUGACUGAAGAUGGACCAUUUUCCUGCAUCGCUGAUUUGAACAGGGUGGAGAGCCAGAAGACAAGAGGUGGUGGAGCAAUAUGCACCAUAGACCCUGCAGUCGGGAUGGCUUUUUAUGCGCUGGUCAACACAUACGAACCGUGUCUGUCUGAUGCUUAA